GCGAGGCGGUUCUGUCAGUGACUGUGUGAGAAGGAGGCGAAGGCAGGCAGGAAGGGAGAACCGGGAGUCUCACAGGAACCGGAAGGACGCACCGAUACUGAGCUCAAUUUUAAGUGGGGGGCGUUCACUGACCUCUGACCUUUAAUAUCCAUCACUUGCUGGGUGUGUCCCCCAAUUCUCUAGGGGCCACAGAACCUCACGUGUAGUUAGCCCAUCCCCUGCACACAUUUGUAUUUUUCUGCCCCUCACACACCUGUAUUUUGCCCCCUCACGUUUGCGUCCAUCUGCCCAUCCUCUACCGUUUUAAACUGCCCUAGUUAUAUUUAUUAAUGGAGUAUCCAGUUUAGAUUUCUGACCUAUCUGAGGGAACAGGGGGCUCUCUCUGUGGGUCUGGGUGAGCCCCUCCAGCCCACAAACUGACAUCCCUCAUAAGAAGAAGGAUCUGCCAGUGUUUGGAAUUUAAAAUGAAUAGCCCCUUUUUCUAGCACUUUAAUUGUAAGACAUUUUUACUGUUACACAUAGUAUAAGUCAUCUAUAAUAUUGUAUCAUUCUUAAAACCCUUCUGUUGUGGGGGUCAGGGGUCAAGUCUGUCCAGGAGGGGGGGACAUGAGAUUAAAGAAGGACACAGACACCAAGUGACUCCAAUCAAGUGGCAGCAUGGCAUCGGAGGAAGCUUCGCUGCGGGCGCUGGAGAGUCUGAUGAGUGAAUUCUUUCAUUCGGGCACAUCAAAUGAACGCAAAAGAGAAAUAGAAUCCCUCCUGCAUAAUUUUGCUCAGCAGCUCGGUGCCUGGAGGUUCUGCUUCUACUUCCUGUCCAGCUCGCACAAUGAGUACGUCCUGAUGUACAGUCUCAGCGUCUUUGAGAGCCUGAUCAACAAAAUGUGGUUGGGGGUCCCUUCAGCAGAGAAGAUAGAAAUCCGAAGUUCCUUGCCUAAACUCCUCCUGAACCAACACAAGAGCCUCCCUGUCUUCGUCUGCAACAAGCUGUGCAAGGUCAUUGUGGACAUGGGAAGACAGGAUUGGCCCAUGUUCUACCAUGACUUUUUCACUAACAUACUGCAGAUGAUCCAGACACCCAGCACCACACCUCUGGGGCUGAUUAUGCUGAAGACGGCCUCUGAGGAGCUGGCAUGUCCUAGGGAGGAUCUUAGCAUGGCCAGGAAAGAAGAGCUACGGAAACUGCUGCUUGAGCAAGUGCCAAAUGUGCUGGGACUACUGACAGGUGUCCUGGAAAAUAUUUGGGAUAAACACAGCAUUACAGCUGCGACUCCCCCUCCCUCGCCCACUGCGUCAGAUGCCGAUGAUCUCCUCAGUAACCUUGUGCACACCCCCAGCCUGGCCAAGCAGUUGAACCAACCUCCCCCUAGCCUGGAAGCUGAAAGUGAGCGAGUCUGCGCCCUGGCUCUAGAGUGCCUCUCACACCUAUUCAGCUGGAUACCCCUUUCUGCAAGCAUCACACCUUCCCUCCUUUCCACAAUCUUUCACUUUGCACGUCUGGGCUGUGACACCCGGUCGCGACGAGACCCCAGAAGCACCACCACCUCCACUGCCACUCUAAAUGGUGGCAGUACCAGUCCACCACUAUCAACUCUUGGGACAGUUUCUCAGCAGAAUCAGGGCAAGCUGGGUGUCCUAGCAAUGUCUUGCAUCAAUGAACUGAUGUGUAAGAACUGUGUCCCCCUGGAAUUUCAGGAGUAUCUGCUGCGCGUGUGCCAGCAAACAUUUUAUCUGCUUCAGCGGAUCACACGGGAGACAAACGCCCACAGUGUACGCAGCCGCCUGGAAAAGCUGGACGAAAGCUACGUUGAAAAGUUUACAGAUUUUCUGAGGCUCUUUGUUAGUGUUCACCUGCGGAGGAUUGAAUCCAAUGCCCAGUUUCCUGUAGUUGAAUUCCUGGCACUGCUUUUUAAAUACACUUUUCAUCAGCCAACACAUGAAGGUUACCUCUCUUGUUUGGACAUCUGGGCAUUGUUUCUAGACUACUUGACCAACAAAAUAAGGAAUCGGUUAGAGGAUCGAGAGGUUAUUAUCAGCAGGUACGAGGAUGCACUGGUGUUGCUGCUGACCGAGGUGCUGAACCGAAUACAAUUCCGCUACAAUCAGACACAGCUGGAGGAGCUGGAUGAUGAGAAUUUAGAUGAUGAUCAACAGACGGAGUGGCAGAGAUACUUGCGUCACAGUUUGGAAGUUGUGGCCAAAAUAAUGGAGCUGCUUCCUACUCACGUGUUCUCGACUCUGUUUGCAGCAUUACAGGAAAACCUUGAUGUCUAUCUGGGAUUGCAGCAAUACAUAGUAACAAAUGGGGCAGAUCAACGUCUUAACGUAACGGCAGAGAACGACUGUCGCAGAUUACACUGCUCACUGCGGGAUCUAGGAUCCCUCCUCCAGGCCGUGGGCCGGCUUGCUGAGUAUUUCAUCGGAGAUGUAUUUGAAGUUCGGUUUAAUGAUGCACUUACAGUAGUUGAGAGGUUAGUAAAAGUCACAUUAUAUGGCUCCCAGAUUAAGCUGUACAACAUGGAGACUGCGGUUCCAUUGGUACUGAAACCUGACCUGGUUGAUGUGCAUGCUCAGUCUUUAGCAGCGUUACAGGCUUACUCUCAUUGGCUGUCACGCUAUUACAGUGAAGUACAGCGGCAGAACCCACAGCAGUUCAUCUCCAUUAUAUCCACUGCUAUGGAGGCUUUACCGUUUCUCAUCAGCACCAAGGUACAAGAGAAGUUGCUGCUAUCCGCUUGCCAUCUGUUGGUUUCUAUAGCCACAACAGUGCGGCCUGUCUUUCUUAUAAACAUUCCAGCCGUCCAGAAGGUGUUCAGCCGCGUCACGGACAGCUCUGCACAGAGGCUACCAGAAGAGGCUCAGGUACUGCUUUGCCGUGCGCUCUCUAACAUCCUCCUCCUCCCGUGGCCCAAUGCCCCAGAAGCAGAACAGCAAUGGGGGGAGCGUUCCAACCAUCACAACAAUCUGCUGAACGCCUUAACAAGGGAGUACCGGCAGCUGAAGGGCAGUGCUCCGCCACAGCGCAAGGGCCAGAUGGAGGCCACUAAGCGUGUUAUCUGCCAGACCCUCGGUGUCUUAAGAGACAUUGUGGAAAACAUCUCUGGAGAGGGCACAAAAUCUCGGCAGAUCUGUUACCAGUCAAUGCAGGAGGUGGCACAGUUAUCUCUCACCCUCUUCCCUGUGUACAUCCACCAAUCAGAUGUGACGGAGGAAAUGCUCAGCUUUUUCUUGGCGUUGUUUCAAGGUUUGCGAGUACAGAUGGGUGUUCCUUUCACAGAGCAAAUCAUACAGACGUUCCUGAAUAUGUUCACCAGGGAGCAGCUGGCAGAGAGUAUUCUGCAGGAGGGCAGUGCUGGCUGCCACGUUGUAGAAAAGUUUCUGAAGAUCCUUCAGGUAGUGGUUCAAGAACCGGGCCAGGCCUUCAAACCUUUUCUGCCCAGUAUCCUCUCCCUGUGCAUGGAACAGUUGUACCCAAUCAUUGCAGAGCGUCCCUCCCCAGAUGUUAAAGCUGAACUUUUUGAGCUGCUCUUCCAGCUGUUGCACCAUAACUGGAGAUAUUUCUUCCGCUCAUCUGUCCUGCAGAAUGUGCACAGAGAUGGCGGUGAUGAACCUAUGGAGAACCAGGCACAGUUUAUCGCAGUCAUGCAGGCCUUCGGACAGUCUUUCCUGCAGCCAGAUAUACAUAUUUUCAAACAGAACCUCAGCUACUUGGAGACGCUCAACAGUAAACACAAGUUAUAUCACAAGAAGUUAUUUCGGUCUAUGAUGCUGCAUCAGUUUGUCAGCGUUUUACUGCAGGUUCUUAUUCACAAGUCCCAUGACCUCCUGCAAGAAGAAAUUGGCAUUGCUGUUUACAAUAUGGCAUCCGUGGACUUCAGUAGCUUCUUCUCUUCCUUUCUGCCUGAAUUUCUUGCAGGUUGUGAAGGCCUGGACUCCAGCCAAAAAGGUGUCCUCGUUCGGAACUUCAAGAUGGAACGGGACUUACCUUCGUUUACCCAGAGUGUCCAUCGGUUAGUGAACGAUCUCCGAUAUUACAGACUCUGCAAUGACAGCUUAGCUCCGGGAACUGUAAAACUGUGACGCCUCCCCCAUCUUUAUUUUAAUGAUGGACAGAAUCCUCCCACUUGGCGCCGCUCGCUCUGCAUCAUUAGUCUUAACGUGCCCAUCUACAGCUGUGAAGUCACUUAUUUUAUUUUUUUAUUUUUAAACUAUGUGGACUGUUUUUAUGAUGUACUUGACUGGAGAUUUCAGUGCCUCCUCCCUUUGCCUAAACCCUUUCGUUGCCAAACAGUGAUACCGUAUCCCACACCGGCAUUCAGGACGUCAAGUAGAGCAUCAGUUUGUUUUUAAUAGUAAAAACAUUGUAGAAUCACAAACCUUCAAUAUCAUUCCCUUGUUUAUCUAUGGGGGGUGAAUGUUCUGCUCCGCCCAAUGGACAUAUUCUGCCUUGGGGUUUUGGAUUUUAAACACUCCCUUUAACCAGGGGGCACACAGACAUUUAUAUAUUGUUUUAUAUUAUUUACUUGUUUUAUCAUUCCAUUGUGAAUUUGCAACAUCGCUUUCUGCGAAUAAAUAUCUUGCCUUGUUUAAGGCUUCAAACAUUCCUCUUGGUCACAGCUGUUUGGGACUUGCCCUUAAACUCGAUAUAAAACUGAUAUCCACUUGUUCGUCACGCUGCGGUAAAAAAAAACGUAUUUGAAGUCGGCUUGUGACCUAUCAUGGUGCCUGUUGAGAUGGGCAUAAAUUAUUUUUUACUAUUUUAAACAUUUCUCUGUAAUUUGAAGGUUUGGUAAUAUAUGAAUAAAUGUUUGUAUAUAUUUUUUAAAA